UACCUCCCUACUGUAUUUCGCCUUGUUCGAUUUUACUGAGGUAUAGCACAGGGUUACCAGCGAAAGCACGAGUGAUCCGUUACCGCCUCGAUGGCGCGCCGCCCAUCGUUAUGACCGCCAUGGAUGCGUCGCGUCACGCGCGAGUGCGCCUAGCGCCGCAGGACAGAUCGCAGCGAGGCGAUGGCGGCGGGGCGAGUGGUAAGGGCCGCGAGAGGGAGGGGGAGCGGGAGUCGCGCGAGUCGCGGCGGCGGCAGCUGCAGCGGUCGUUGGACGAGGCGCGGAAGCCAUUCGCGGCCGCCCUCGCCGUCGCCUGGAAAGGACCAUCGCCGUCAAUCCUUGCAUCCACGCGUCCUGCUUCAACUGCUGCUGCCACGUGGCAGGCAGCCGGUCCAUGGCAGGACACGUGGCAGUGGCAGUGGGCUUCCUGCGACACUGCCCUGCACAGUCAGCUUCUACGGCUUGCAGCGAUUGCUUGAGUUCGUGGCGACCAACGAGAUGCCUCUGUGGAGUGACGUGGCGUGCCGGCGAGCAGUGAAGGCGAGUGUGGCUGUCUGUUGAAUGGGGGUGAGGUGCAGGGCUCCUGGAUGGGUGCUGCUGGGCGAGGGGGUAGCGAGGGGGGAGUGGGGAUGGAGAGAGGUUAGGGGAAGGGCUAGUGGAUGUGAAAGGCACUUCUUGUGGCGUUCAACAACGUGCCAUUUAUAUGGGUGCAGCAGGUAGUGCAUGCAUGCAUGCCCGUCCACGUCGUCCACCCCUGUUGCCUCGGCUUGUACUGCACGCCAUUGGCUCCCUUGCCCACGUGCAUGCUAUUAUCUAACUCUCCCAAGGCGUCUUCCCUCGUUCACCUUCCCACGUGCGUUCCCUGCCGCCCACCCGUGAGGUGCGAGUCAUGAGUGCUCUCACAGGGGCAGUGCGAAGCCAUCUAUGUGCCUUGGCUUGCCUUGGGGGGGGUACACAGUGGCGGAGUGUCACAGGCGCCGCGUGCACUGCAUGCUGCCGUGGACCACCUCUUGGCUCGCUCUCCUCCUCUUCUCCACUUCGUUGCCCAUUUACCUGCCCUCCUUCGCCCGUCUUACCUUGCCUUUCACUGCAACCAAGCCCCACCCCAUGCCCUUACGCUUGCCCUUCCAUGCCCCCUUGUGCACUUUGUCCGCGCUCUCGCGCCGGUCCCCGCGGAUGAGGUGGCGUUGGGCGCCUGCACUGCCGUCGCUGCCUCCUCCUCAUCCUCCCCUUCAACCCCUCUCUCGCCCACUCACCAACGCCCCCAUACCCGCCCUCCCCUCCUCCCUCCUCGCACUCUCCCCCUCCACGAUCCACCUCCCUUCCCCUCCUUCCCCUCCCCUCUCCCUGCCGCUCGCUUCCGCCUGCCUCACCCCUGCCGUCCUCACCUCGCUGUGGCGCCUCUAUCUGUCGCCCGCCACGCCUGCGCCUGGCAC